AACACACGGGAGCCAUGCCUGUGCCUUCCCCUGCUGCCAUGCCUGUGCCUUCCCCUGCUGCCAUGCCUGUGCCUUCCCCUGCUGCCAUGCCUGUGCCUUCCCCUACAGCCAUGCCUGUGCCUUCCCCUGCUGCCAUGCCUGUGCCUUCCCCUGCUCCCACGCCUGCUGCUGCUACUCCUGCAGUCUCCUCCCCAUGUGCUGCGAGCCUGGCGCUGCCCGAACCAGCAGCCUUGCAGCAAAAGGACUGCUACCUGAAGGACUGCUGUUGA